AUGCAGAAUAUACAACGCAGUCGGACAGACAAAUUUGCAGUUUUGGGCGGAGAUGCAAUGAAAAGAUUUCUUAGUGAUGUUCAAUCCAACAUUAAGAAGUUUAGUAAGCCUCCAAUAGGACCUGUUGGACUUCUAUUGAAAGUGAAGGAUGAAUAUAUUCAAUGGGCUCCAUGUGUUCAACAUGCUCUCAACAAAUACUUGUUCGUGUUUAUUGUCGAUAACUUCAAGGACGGGGAAGAACUACAAAAGCUAAAGAAUAAGCAUAACUUACGUGCUACUCACAUUAUUCAGAAAUAUAGUAACGAGAUUUAUGACGUAAGUCAUAACAGCCCUAUGGAUCAGCUGACUAUUUUCAAAGUUUUAGAUAUCGACAUUCACUCGAUAAAACAUUCUCCAAUCAAGUAUGACGACCUUCAAGCUCUUAAGGCUACCAUAAUUAAUACUGUAAUUGAUCAAGCUCGUGUAGAGGCAUCAGUACUCAUCGAAAAGAGAGAGGACGCUGAUCAAUACAUGUUUGGAAACCAGCCUCCAAUGUUUGUGAACGAUUGUUUCACCAUUACAGGAACAAAAUUGAUUGUAAGAGGAAAAUCUAAAAUUACAGACACUGCCAACGUUACAAGAAGUAGUUUAUGGACCAAAAAUGUAGAAGACCAAAUUAAUGAAAUAGAUAAUAAUAUUAAGGAGUUGACCAAGAACCUUCCAAGAUUUACAGAGAAAGAGCGUCAAAUUCAAAACGAAAUUAAUAGAAUAAAUGAGUCUAUUAAGAAGAAGACUAAUCAAAGUCACGAACUAACAAAGAAAAUAGAGAGGGCUGAGAAAUCUAUUGAAGACAAGAAGAAAGACAUCCAAGAAGAGCUUAACGAUACUGACGAUGCAGAUCAGAAAGUGAUUCAAGAGCUUAACCAAAAAAUUGAAAAACACAAGGAAAGGGUAGAGCAUUUGAAUGAAAAGAUUCAAGAAGACGACCAAAAAAUUGCAGAGUUAAAAGCAGAAAGUGAAGAAAUUACCAAAAAAAUAGCUAUCACAAGAAAGGAAGUUCAAGACGCAACCAGAAAACAUGAUGAAAAGAAUGAAGAAAUUCUUGCUGUUCUCGAAGAAAUCCGUACCGUUCAAGCAAACUCAAGAGGAUUUGAAAAUAGAAUUGCUCAGGAACAAAGAGCAGUUGCAGAAGAACAAAGAAUUGUCACCAACUUGGAACAACAAAUGAACAAUUCAAAAGAGGUUGCAUUGAAUCACUCAAAUCAAGAGGAAAUUCAACCUUCUGGAACUAUGAAUGAAAUAACUGCCAAAAUUUCUCAAAAGAAAAGGCAACUAGAACUUGAACGUGAAAAACUCGGUGAAAUGAACAUUGCUGAAAUCAAAAACAGAUAUUUGCAAUAUUACAGAGAGUAUGAACAGAAACGGGAAGCAUUUGAAUGUUCAAAAAAAGCCUGCGAGGUCGUGAAACAGGGCCUGACCGAAAGAUACAAAAAUUGGAGAAAGCUAAAAGCAGGCAAUAUCAAUACUGUCUCGACCCUUUUCGAUGUUUACAUGAGUCAAAAGGACACUCAGGUGCAAGUGUCUGACACCAAGUCUCUAUCAGGAGGUGAAAAGUCAUACACAACGGUGAGCUUUUUAUUAGCAAUUUGGGAAUUGGUUGAUACUCCGUUUAGAGCUGUCGAUGAAUUUGACGUUUUUAUGGACAGCAUGUAUAGAAAGACAGCAAUGGAUUUAAUUUUAGAGACAGCCAAAGAGAAGCAUCAUUCUAAGCAACUGAUUUUAAUUACACCUCAAGAUGUGUCGAUUGUAAAGAAGGAUCCUGAAUUUUUGAAGAUUAUCAAGUUACAACCACCCAAGAGAGAUGAAAAUCAGAGAACCAUGGAUGAGUUUAUGCAUCAGCAUGAACAAUAA